AUGCAGCAAAACUCUGCUCCUCAGAUGUCCAAUGAGCGAAGGGACUUGUUGCAAGAAGUUAUUAAUAAAACAGUGCUUAGAAAUAGCACACAGGAACGUCUUCGCACCCUUAUUCAAGAAUUGAAAACACAACAAGAAGAAUUGGAGUAUGUUCAAGAUCAAAUCAGUGCCCUCAUGAGUAUUGGUCACUUUGUUGGUGAAAUCCUUCGUCAAGUGGAUGAUGAACGCUUUAUUGUACAAAGUGUUUCUGGAGCUCGUCAUCUUGUUGGAUAUAAAAAGAGUAUUAAACCAGAAAGAUUGAAAUUUGGUGUUCGUGUUGCCCUGGAAAUUACUACUCUGACAAUUGUUAAGGUGUUACCACGUGAAGUGGAUCCACAAGUUUAUAGUAUGCAAUUUAUGGGAGAUGAAAAGAAUGUUUCUUUUCAAGAAAUUGGAGGUCUUCAAGAACAAAUGCGACAGAUGCGUGAAGUGGUAGAACUUCCAUUAACAAAUCCUGAACUAUUUGUCCGUGUUGGUAUUUCACCGCCAAAAGGAGUUUUACUUUAUGGACCUCCAGGAACAGGAAAGACACUUCUUGCAAAAGCGAUUGCCUCCAACGUGGAUGCUGCCUUUUUAAAGGUGGUGGCAUCAUCUAUUGUGGAUAAGUAUAUUGGUGAAUCUGCCCGUGUGGUUCGAGAGAUGUUCGCCUACGCACGUGAACAUGAACCAUGUAUUAUCUUCAUUGACGAGGUGGACGCUAUUGGUGGAAAACGUAUUGAAGGAACUUCCUCGGACCGUGAAAUUCAGCGUACACUUAUGGAAUUACUGCAUCAAAUGGAUGGCUUUGAGAAACUCGGAAAGGUGAAAGUUAUCAUGGCAACCAACAGACCAGACACUCUCGACUCCGCCCUCAUGCGCCCAGGUCGACUGGACCGAAAGAUAGAGAUUGGUCUCCCUAAUGAAGCAGGCAGACUUGAUGUGCUAAAGAUACACGCAUCCAAAUUAAGUAAGCAGGGAGAUAUUGACUAUGAUUCACUUGUGAAACUCUCAGAGGGUUUUAACGGUGCUGAUCUGCGAAAUGUGUGUACGGAGGCGGGUAUGUUCGCCCUCCGCGCAGGUAGGGAUUAUGUGAUCAAUGAAGACUUCAACAAGGCAACACGAAAGGUUGCGGAUAUGAAGAAACUCGAGGGAGCCCCACACAGGUACUCUGAGCAGUAA